AUGACACACAAAUACUGUUUUGAGGCUUUAGACAAAACCAUGAGGGAUAUAUUGAGAUUCACCGUACCUGGUAGUGAUCAGAAAACAUUUGGUGGAAAGACAGUAGUAUUAGGCGGUGAUUUUAGGCAGAUUCUUCCAGUUAUUCCAAAAAUGAAUUGCAAGGUAUUGAGGCUCACGAAGAACUUGAGACUACAGAGCUUAGCUUCAAACGAAGAUAGACAGGCGGUUGAUUGGUUCUUAAGAUGGAUUGCAGACAUCGAAGAUGGGAUUACUGGGUUUGUAAACAAUGGCUUGUUUGAGAUCGAUAUUCCACCAAGGUUUAUGUUGAAGUGUGGACCUGAUCCAAUUGCAACUAUAGUUGAAAGCAUCUUCCCAACGACGAAGUAUGGAAUGCUAGAAGAGUCGCACCUAGAAGGACGAGCGAUCCUCUCACCGACUUUAGAUGUUGUUGAUCAAAUUAAUCUGUAUAUGUGUGAUAUGAACACUGCAAAAGGUCGGACGUAUUUAAGCUGUGACUCUUUGUGUAAGGCAGAAUCAGAUGGUGAUAAUCUCUCACAAGUACAUACUCCUGAAUUUUUAAAUAGCUUGAGAUUGUCUGGACUUCCUAAUCAUUCAUUGACGAUAAAGGUUGGUGCACCUAUUAUGUUACUGCGGAACAUAGACCACUCUCUUGGUCUUUGUAACGGUAUGUGCCUCAUCGUUACAAAAUUUGCGGAUCAUAUUGUCGAAGCAAGAAUAGUUAAUGGAACGCAGCAAGGAACCGAAGUUCUUAUACCACGAAUGUCUCUCACCCCUUCUGAUACGAGAUUGCCGUUCAAGUUCCAGUGUAAAUAA